GUGGGUUCGACUUUGUAGCUCACGUGUUCCCCACGCAACAAACAUUUGAUAGGGGGAGCGCAAUGUGGAAUGAUCGCCCUUGGUCCCCGCAAUCCGGGCAGAGUUCCCAGCCGUCGCACGGGAUGUACUCCAGCACCACCACUUUGUCCAGCAGGCGAUCACCCUCCACUACCGGUCCUUCCACGGUGGACGCCGAUGGAUGCGACAUGGACAAUGCAUGGACGCCGCAUUGCGGGACUUCUGUCUCGUCAGGGUUCGACAGUGAUGCCGCAAACGACUACGAUGGUCAAGCGUGCGAAGAUAUGGAGGAUGACACCAGUAAUGGAGAUGGAGAUGAUGUUGACGACGAUAAUGGGGAUGGAGGCGGUGUUCCGGAAACAGACAAAGGCGGUGAUUCCAAUGCGAGAAACGGUGGCAGAAGUGGGCAAAAAAAAGGUCGGAAUAACCGUGACGGGCCACCGAAAAACAAAAAACAAAACCUAGCGUGGAUGUUGGAGGAGAGGAUAUGGUUGGUGAAGAUGAUGGGGGAGGACGACGCGCUCAUGGCUGACGCCAAUGGACAAUAUCAGUUCAUUAAAAGGAAGGAGUGGUAUGCGUGGGUGGCCAAUCGCAUGGCAUCCGACGAUUAUCCUCAGAAAACUGCGAAGGACUGCUGUAAGAAGUGGACGUCCAUGAUGUCGAAGGCGAAGCUCAUCCUUGACAAGCAGAAGGAGUUGCACGUGUCUCUCGCCUUCGAGAAACCGUUGUGGGAUGUCAUGCAGUGGAAACUGAAAAGACCAUCCAUGACGUGCGACCAGACAUUUGGCUCUGAGGACCUGCCGGGAGCAGGAAAACGAGCGCCGCCUUCGCGGAGAACUAGAUCCGGAAAAAGCAGGUCUGAGGCAAGAGGAACGGACGGCUCGGAGGGCGCAACGAAGAUGCGAAGAACAUCGUCAGGGAAAACUAGGAUGGACGACGAAGGAACCGGCAAAUCGACUUUGGCGAGGGCGAUGGAGGAUUCGACACGAUCCUACUGCGAUGGUCUUGACAAGGUCGCUUCUACAUUGGCAAAGGCGACCUCCGAUGUCGAGACUGCGAAGGCGGCGAAGAUCGGUGAUGUGGCGGAGGCGAUAAGGGGAGGGAACACUGUCCUAGAGAUGCUCGUAGGGUUCUCACCCGCCGCUAUGUGGGGUCUGCCGUUAGUGACAACCACGGUCGUCGACGACAAGUUGGUCGUCAUCCAGGAGGCGAGGUUCGAGCGGGGGACCGAGCGCCAUCGCCGCAUGGAAUGGGGUCGGAGUGUUGUUGUGGACAACACUCGAGUGUACUACGCGCUUGUCAACGGUCUGAUCGCCAUGAGGGCCAUGAUGAGGCUGGUCGUCGCACUGGGGUUCGAUGAGAAAGACGACCUAAGCGAGGUCAUUGUGUUCGUGAAGAAGUUGUCCGGACUCCGAAGUCAUUCCCGACGAGUGGCGCUCGCCAGCCAUGGAUGUGGUUGGUGAUAUAGUGAGGUACUUGAUCUCGGCCAUAGACGAAGAGCACGACUCGGCCAUGUAUGGGAACGCGUCCUACAUCGU